AUGGACAAUAUGCCCAGUACUGUCACAGACACAGUUGCGGCGGCUGUGCUUCCGCAUCUCCCGGUGGAGAUUUGGUUGUCAAUCAUCGAUGAGCUCGGCGCACAACGCGAGUAUGAUGCGUUGGAAGCAUGCGCAGCGUUCACUGUAGGAGUGCUCCAGGAGAGAGCGCAGACGUACAUUCCAGACACAAUGACAUUCAGAACGCGAGAGGAGGUUGUGAGCAUCGUUUUGAGGCGACGCUGGGAAGGACCGCAGACGGUGAACAUCGUGGGAGGAACGCGUCGUGGCGAGCGGCUUCCGAUUCCGCACCUGGCGACAUUCGCGUCGAGGCUGGCAGGAAACUGGACACACGCAGACACGCUGAUGAUUGAGAGAGCGGAGUGGCGGGGGCAGGAUCUCGAUCUCCAUUCCGUCUUGCUCGAUUUGGCCUUGUUUGAUCGGAUCGGCUGGCUGCACCUCUACGAAGUCACGUUUCCGACGGUCCUGUCCUUUUGGCGCCUCGUCUACACCUUUCCACGCCUCAACAGUCUUCAUCUCUAUGAUGUCGAUAUCAUCAAGGCCGACAUUGAUGCACGGACACUCGCAGCGCUGCACCUCUUACCCGCUAGGCGGAACUUGAACAGAAUGUACCUGCUGCCACCCGCGGAAUCCAGUGACGAACGACCUGCAUCACUCGCAGCGCACUCCGCCGCUGGGCUACUGCAGGUGAUAAUAGCACAGGCCGUCCCGUCUUUCGAGACAUGCCCUUGGAGAAACAUCGAGCAUCUGCAUUUUGGAGAUGUUACCCUUCCGACCGCUGCAGCCUUCGGGCGCUUGCUCUGUGCCCUUCCCGCCCUCAGAGAGCUCGCCAUCUAUGGACCAUGCAUAUUCGCAGAACACGGCUUCAACUCCAGCGACGUCCGUAUACUCGCAGGCGCUCCAUCACGAUUGGCACGAGUCGAUCUCGGCGCGGACUUCUCUACACAGUCUAAUCCUCAGUCCGUACACGAGGUCGUCGACGUCCUCGUUCAUUGUAGUGCCAGUCGCCGCCUGAAGCAUAUCGCGGCCUGGCCGUCCCCGUCUUUGCGUGUGCUAACGAGCAUAGAUGUCUCCCUCAAUAGACUCGUCAAGCAUGCUGGCCAAUCGCUGGAGAGCCUUACACUCGCAGCGCUCCCGCAAGGCAGCUUACCGCUGUCCAACGAUGUGUCAACAUGUGCAUUCCCGAGCGCAGCCCGAUGUUUUGACGUCUCGGCGAAUACACGUAUCCUGCGCCUUGAAUGUUCAACGACAAUCGCCAAUGAGGACAAUCCAUUGAUUGCUCUCUUGUUGGAGCUUCUUUGCCAGACCCCAUUAGAACACAUAAACUAUAUCAGGUUGAUCUUCCACGUGAAGAACGAGGUGGAUUCUGGAAAGCUGUGGGCUAGCCUCUCACACCUCGGUGCAGUCCUGUCCCGAGGCUUUAUCAAGCUGUAUCAUGUUGCAAUAGAACUGCAUGGUGUACCCGAAUUCACAGAGAGCCAUGAAGCGAUUGUGAGGUCAUGGCAACAAAAGCUGCUCACAUGGUGUGUUCUAAACUUUGACGUUGUAGAAGCAUCAGGUACACAGCAUCAUCUCUAGAAUGCCCUGGCUUGUAGCGGGUGCAGAAUGCAUCCCAUCAUCCCCUUUCUCAUCAUGCAUUAUGACAGUAUUCUC